UUUUUUUUGCAGACUGCAUAUGGGCUGAAUGCUCAGCUGCGGAGCAUUUCUGAAGGAUCACAAUGCGCAUCUUGUGUCUGAUCUUCGUGCUUCUUUGUAAAAAACUGCACUCGGUGGAAUCCAAUGAUUCAGAAUUUCAGCUUACCAGCAAAGCCAGUGGUUUUUGCUUAGUUAAAAGCGGGACCACGUGCGACAACAUACGCUGGACAACUGGCAAACGACUGCUGGUCCCCAGGGUGAAUAAAUGCCUGGGAGCGCAGGGAAAAAGUGUUGGGAGUGAAGUAAUCCUCUAUGAUUGUGAUGAAGCAAGUGAACUGCAAAGGUGGGAAUGUAAGAAUGAAACGGUGCUCGCCCUCCAAGGCCAGGAACUUUAUGUGGAGCUCAAAGCAGAUAACACAGCUGUACUCUCGAAAUCAGUCGGACCCAACACCCAGCUCACAAUUUCGGGGACACCCAGUGGAGCUUGUACAAGAACCUACAGAGAACUUUAUACAAUUGAAGGAAAUGCAGCUGGAAGGCCCUGCAUGUUCCCAUUCAUGUACAAAAACCAGUGGUACUCAAGCUGCACUGACUCUGAAAAAGGCCGCCUGUGGUGUUCAGUUGAGACGAAAUAUGACAAUAAAACGUGGGGCUACUGCCCAACCAACGCUAAAGAAAAUUGGAACAAGCACCCAACAAACGGGGCAGCGUACCAGCUGAACACACAGUCUGCCCUGACGUGGUCGCAGGCUGAAACCAGCUGCAAGCAGCAGAGCGCUUCGCUCCUCAGCAUCACUGAUCCUGAUCAGCAAGCUUAUAUCACAGCUAUAUUGGAGGCAGGAGGUAGCACACAAGAGUACAAGCUCUGGACAGGACUAACCUUGAAUUCAGAACGUGGAUGGGAGUGGUCUAAUGGAAACCCGUUUCGUUACCUGAAUUGGGACUCGGGACACCCAUUUACUGACCCGGGACAUAGCUGUGGAAUCAUUGAUGGUGUUGUAAGGUUUUCAUGGCAAAGCUCGAAAUGUGAUUACAAGCUGGGCUACAUCUGCUACAGUAAAGGCAUUCUGGCUUCUCCAACCGAAGGCUUAGGGGUAGGAUUUUGCUCCCCAUCAUGGAUUCCAUACAACGGCCACUGCUUUAGUCUAUUUCGUACUGCGAAAACCUGGUCUGAUGCUCAGUUAGCUUGCAGUCAAGCGGGAGGGAACCUGGCAAGCAUUCGCAACACGGAAGACCAAAGCUUUGUGAUUUCUCAGCUUGGAUACGCCGCCACUGAUGAGCUUUGGAUCGGACUUAAUGACAGGCAGAGGGAAGGCCUGUUUGACUGGAGCGACCACUCCACAGUCAGCUUUACCAGCUGGGAGUUUGGGAGACCAGCUGUUGCAACUGACCAAGAGGAUUGUGUUCUCAUCAGAGGAGAAAGUGGAAACUGGGUUGACCGUGAUUGUCAGGAGAAACAUGGCUUUAUUUGUGUGAAAAGAAGUAACCCUGAGCCCUCUGGAGAUGAAGUAGAGCAGAAUCCAGGAUGCAAGCCUGGUUGGAAGAGACACGGCUCAUUCUGCUACUAUACUGGGACGGAAAGAAAGACAUUUGACGAAGCAAAAGAUCAUUGCAAGACAACAGAAUCAUACUUGGCUGACGUUUCAACCAGGGUGGACAAUGCUUUCCUUGUCAGCUUGGUGGGUCUGAGACCUGAGAAACAUUUCUGGUUGGGCCUCUCAAACCGAAAGAACAGAGAUGUUUUUGAGUGGACCUACCCGGUCCCAGUGAAAUACACUCACUGGAACAGUGAGAUGCCAGGCAACAACCAGGGUUGUGUCGCGAUGGCAACUGGUAUUUCUGCAGGCCUCUGGGACGUGUUGCCUUGUACCAAUAGAGAGAAGUACAUCUGCAAACAUCUGGCAGAGGGGGCAGUUUUGCCUCCUGCACCACCAACUGUCCCCUCUGUCCAAUGUCCAGAGAGCUGGUUCAGAGUCCCGUUAAAACACAUUUGCUAUAAGGUAUUUUCAGGGAUGUCAAAUAAGAGGACCUGGUUUGAGGCCAGAGAUUACUGCACAGCGGUUGGAGGAGACCUUCUAAGCAUCCAUAGCGCUGCUGAGCUUCGUCUGGAGCGACGAUACCCUAACCAUGAAGGUGUUCUUUAUAGCUAUGGAAGUGCUUGGAUUGGACUUAGUGUCCCUGACUCAAGCACAGGUUAUAAGUGGAGUGAUGGAUCCCCAGUAAACUUUCAACACUGGAGAGAUGGGGAGCCAAAUAAUAAAAACAAUGCAGAAUCUUGUGUUGAAAUGUUUAUACAUGACUGGGAUAAGGCAGGGUCCUGGAAUGAUAAUCACUGUGAAAAAUACAAUUCCUGGAUUUGUCAGAUCCCUACAGGAGCCACGCCAAAUUCCCCUCCACCCCCUGCUACUCCAGACUACAACCGUACCUCUGAUGGGUGGCUGGAAUGGAAAGGGAAACAAUAUUAUCUGAAUAAUCGGUUAAUGGCCAUGGAAGAUGCUCGACGGUUCUGCAAAGAAAAACAUAGUGACCUGGUGACCUUCAGCAGUGAAGAUGAAAACGUCUUUUUAUGGAAACAGAUAUACUCAGAAUCCCAAAAAUACUGGAUUGGUUUGACUGUGGACCUUGACAAAACUGCCCAAUGGAUAGAUGGUUCUCCAGUGAUAUUCCAGUGGUGGGCAGAUCAUCAACCUGAAUUCAAAAAAUAUGAUGAGACCUGUGUUGCCAUGAUGCCUCAUAAUGGCCUUUGGCAUGAUUAUAACUGCGGAUUUGAAUUAAAAUCGAUUUGUAAACGCAGUGGCACACCACCUGCCAAUGCCACUGUGGCUCCCACUGUGCCACCAAAGGGUGGCUGCGAAGACACCUGGAAAAAGUUUAAUUUUAAGUGUUACAAGCUCAUACAGGACCAGAUGUUAACAUGGGAUGCAGCAAGACAACGAUGCAUAGACAUGGGCGGCAACUUGGCUUCUAUUUCAUCAAGACAUGUGCAAGUGUUUUUAGUGUCUCAAAUGGUUGACAAACCCACUACAGAUCUAUGGAUUGGUUUUCAUAGUGCCUAUAGGAAUGGGUUUUACUGGGUUGAUGGACAACCUAAGUCAUAUAUCAACCUCAAUUCGCAAGAGCAAAGUUCUGUUCCACCUGUCCCAUAUUUUGGCGAAGACAGAUAUCCGAUGCGACUGAGGCAUAGACUUCAGACAUCAUGGAGGCACAGCCAUGACCUAUCAUGGGGGCACAGCCAUGACCUAUCAUGGAGGCCCAGCUAUGGAUCUUCGUAUACAGGAAAAUGUGCUGUAAUCAACACCGAUCCUUCGCUUGGUAUUGGUAAAUGGAGAGCCAAGUCCUGCAAUGACAGCAAUGGAUUCAUAUGUCUAAAAGCUGUUGACCCACAAUUCCAGGAUUCUCCUGAACCAAAACCUUCUACUAACUACAUCAAAAUAAUAAAUGACUCAAUUAAUGUUUUCGCUCAACAAAUGCCCUGGGAUGAAGCAAAGAAGAACUGUGAAGCUGAUGGUGGCAGCCUGGCCAGCAUACGGACAGAAUGGGCACAGGUUUACAUUGAACAGUUGGCUCUAAAUCUCAACCGUUCUCUAUGGAUUGGACUCAAUAAAGCCCAGACAAAUAACUAUUUCAGAUAUAUCGGAGGUUGGCAUGUUAAAUUUACACACUGGGGUGAAAAUGAACCACGCAGAGGUGGAACUUGUGUCUUUGUGGAUGUGGAUGGAAAAUGGAAAACUGGUGACUGCAAUAAAAACCUCAGCAGUGUUUGCAUGAAGUCUACAGAUACACCACCAAAAGCAGAUGUACACGAUUUUCCAGGAGUUUGUCCGGAAGACCCAGAUCCAGUUGUCCCAUGGCGGCACUAUUCCUGGAAACCCUUCAGAGGGUUUUGUUAUAUAUUUUUUUCUGAGGUGAAAGAGUGGCCGGAAGCAGCUACCAGCUGUGUAGCACAUGGUGGAUCCCUCGCCAGUAUUGCUGAUCCCUUUGAGCAGGAGUUCAUCAAAAAUAACAUUGCAACAUUUCGAGACAGGCAGUCAUCUUACUGGAUAGGCCUUUUCAAAACUCAUAAAGGGGAGUGGAUGUGGUUGGAUAGAACUGUGAUGGAUUACUCUUACUGGGAUCAAGGCCAACCUGGUUUUAACACUUAUGGACUGAUAAGUGCAUUAGAUGGGAGGUGGCGCACUUCCUAUCAAACGGCUGACAGACCAUAUAUCUGUAAAACAGCAAAAGUGUUACUACCAACGCCAUUAUCAUUACCUGAUGUGGCAUUAGAGUCUCAAGAUCGCAGCCGCGUCCCUUUAAUAGUUUUGCUGAUCGUUGGGAUUGCAGUGGGGGCAGGCAUUGUGUUUGUUCUGUUGAAGAAGUCUGGCCAUAUACCUGCUCCUGCCCGGCUAAGCGCCUUUGACAACCCACUCUUCAGCAACAAAAGUUCGGAUUUGGUCGACAGUAAAAAUCUGGUGGAGAAUGCAGAUUAGAUCAUAAGAAAAAGCAUUCCCUGGUCAGGGCUAGUUGUUUUUGCACAAUUGCAUUCAUUUGACAUGUGAAAAAUCUGAACGGGUGAAAUGCAUGUAGGAAAUUAUGCAUAAAAUAUAUGACACAAAUAUGACAGCGAAAGGAUUUCCCACUGGUCACAUUAGCCAAAAUGGAGAUUUAUCCUUUUUUAAAGCAGAGAACACAGACUUUGCAGUUUGCCUGGUCUCAGUGUAAGACCUUUUCCUUAUCUAUGUGUGCUCUGGAUUCCUCCCAUAGUUUAAAAACAUGCAUGUUAGUAUGAAAAGAAAACAUUUAUGUAAACAUUCAAUAAUCUCAAUGUCAGCAGUCAUUUUUGCCUUUUAGUUUGCAUCCAUCCUGCAGCAGUUACACAUUGGUUGUACAAGUUCAUAAAUUGUUUUUCAUCAGCUAGCGUUCAUUUUCAUGCAGCAAUAGUACCACUUUUAUAAAAAAUUUUAUAAAAGUUUAAUUCCAAACGUAUAGUUAUUUUACAUCGUUUUAGUAUCUUUUGAUAGAUGCUUAUUUCGUUUUUGUUGAGAAUUAUUUUUUUAGUGGAUUGAAAAAUAUUUAAAUCUAAAUCUGCCACUAGUAUGUAUAAUUUUAGGGUUUAUUGUAGGCAACCAGUGUGCCUAAAAUGUUCUUGCAAAAUGUACUUUGUAUCUACUGCCUCUUUUUGUUCUUAUUGACUUGAGUGUAUCGUGUUUUUUAAGCUAGUGCAUUAGGAUGUCAAACCAUUGGGAGCUAAUGUGUACCUAAUGCAGCAUAAUCAUAAGCAAAAAAAUGGCAACUAAAUUUAAGCUCAUUAAAUAAUUAAAUGCUCAGCUCAGGCUUACCAAUGCAUGCUUGUUCAUAAUGUUGUUUAUCACUAUGUUGCAAUGCUGGUUGGGGGAGGGAAGGGGGUACUCCAAACAUAUCUUAAAUACACAUAUUCUCCUAAUACAGAAAAUUCUGUACAGAAAAUAAGUCAAGUGCUCAAAAAUAUUUUGUUCUUUGUUGUAAACAAUAAAUAAAAUCUACAAAAAAUGUAAAACAAAGAUUUUAGAUGGUAAAAAGUCACACAAGUGCUAUCCUUAAAUGAAAUGCCACAGAGAAUGUAUUUUAUAUUUUAAUGAUUUUCAACAAUAGAAUGCAUAUCUAUCAAAGUAAUGUUGAAAUGCUGUACAAAAUUAUAUAACCAAAAUAAAUCUUGAAAGGAAAAUCAGUCUUGUUUACUCAUUGCAGUCACACCCACUACAGAGUAGUGUAACAAGCUCUCAACCUCUCCAUUCAUUUAAACAAGGCAGUUAUGAGAUAUAUACAAAUGCAUAGAUUGUAUUCAAGCAAUAUGUUUUUCUACAAUAAAAUGCAUAGAUUAUCCUGCAUAUACUUGAAUGUGACCACAAGAUUAGUCAUGCUUUCAAACAGACCUAAUGCAAGACAGUAGAUAGGCUUCAGCAUUUCCAAAUGCAGAACUGAAAAUUGUACUUUUCUUUUUUUAGUCAUACAGAUAAAAAACAAUUAGGGUUGUAACGUAUAACAUAGCAUAAUAUAAUCACUUUUAGAGACCAAUCAAUUUAAAAUGCAAACAUAAACAAAAUAUGAUAAUAGGAAAAAACACACGUCAAUUGGUUUCCUAAACAUGUAAAUAUAACAAAACUGUGUUUGUCUUUCUAGUUUUCUUGAGGUUGAAUUUUUGUGGUGCAAAGUCUUAAAUGAUGUCAAGUUAAACCCAGUCCACGCGAAAGGUGAAAAUGGAAAUAUCUGCAGAAAAUAGAGAGUUGAAAUUUGUACACUAAAAUUUUUCCAUAAAUAAUCAUCUAUUUCAAAUUCAUUAUUCUUUCAAACUCUGUACAUGACAGUUUUUUUUUUUUUAGAGUAAAUGAUGUUUAUUUUUUUGACAACUGAUUAACAUAUAACCUAAAGUAGAAGAUGUAAAGUUGUAAAAUGUAUUUGUAUUGCUUGUCACAUUUUAUGAAUAUGAAGAAUUGGUAAUAAAAGUAAAAAAAAAAAAACAAGAUAAAUGUGUUUUUCAAUCAAAUUAUAUUAAAAAAGAUAACUUUUAGUUGUCCAGAUACAGUAAGUGUAAAAAAGAAAGAAAGUUGUGUUUUGUUCAAACACAGCUAUGUUAACAAACAGAUUAAGCUCAAAUGUUGUCUAGAUUGGAGAAAGUGUAGAGAGUAGAAAUUAAGAUUAAAAAAGUAUAUUUUCUGUCAAGACUAAAAGAUAACUACAGAUGGCCUUAUUCAACAGUCUGGCCCUGAAAUAGCUUUUAGGUACAUACAGUAUGUUUGCAAAUCAUUUGCUCUAUCUGUAAGCUCUGUCUCUGCAUCUAAUUAACAAAGCAAAUAGCAUUGAUGAUGUCACAGUGCGAACAUGCCCAGCAACUGCAGUAGGUUUGUGCCAGAUAAAUAAUGCAAAAAGAGCUGUAUAAUCCAAAUAUUACCUCCAGCCACAAGCACAGCAGGCACAAAAGUGGAAGAUUGAAAGAGAAACAUUUUUACAGGCCCUCCUAAUGCCUGAAGGAACACCUAAAACGAUUGCAAUCAUACAGUCAACAUUCUAUGUCAAUUUUAUAUUCAGCUGUAGGUUGAAAGGGAUAUUCAUAAGGGUGAAACAAAGGUGGCUAGAUUUUACACAGUGUUUUGAAACGUUAUUUGAAGAUUAAAUAAUUAUUAUGCAACAUGUCAGGCACUCCUCAAAGGCUCAGUUUCAGUCCUCAUUUUAAGAAAGGCUGCUGUACAUUAGAUUUUUUUUCUUCUCAUUUUAAGUAAAAUUUAGGAGAUGGAAAUUUUUUCUCAGCAACUAUGUAUUCACAGCAAUAGUCUUUAGAAUCCAAUUGUUUUAAUUUACAGAAAUUUUAAUGAAUAUAGGAAAUACUUCCUCUACUUGGGCA